GGGCAGCGCCGCGCCAAGAUGGCGGCGCGCUGCCAGUACUCAGCAUGGCGCCGGGGCCCGCGGAUGCUGCUGAACCCCGGCGGCAGCACCGCGCGGCAGCCGCGCCAGGGCCGCGCCGCAGAUGAAGUGCGAGAACUGCAGCAAAAAGGAAUGCAGUAAAAAACAGAAAAAUGACGAUACGCAAAGUGCAUCUGUUGAUGCAUUGAGUUCAAAUGAUGGCUCUGAAGAGAAAAAUGAGUUUGAUACAUUGGCUAAUGCUAAAAUACUCCUUAGCGACUGCCUAGCUUGUGACAGCUGCAUGACAUUGGAAGAAGGAGCCAGAGUUUUCCAGCAGAAUCAGAAGGAGUUCUUUCGUGUUCUCAACCUUAAUAAGAAAUGUGAUACCUCAAAACACAAAGUGUUGGCAGUGUCUCUGUGCCCUCAGUCAUUGCCUUAUUUUGCUGCUAAAUUCAAUCUCUCUGUGAAUGAAGCAGCCAAGAGACUCUGUGGUUUCCUCAAAAGUCUUGGGGUGCAUUAUGUGUUUGACACCACCAUAGCUGCAGAUUUCAGUAUCCUGGAGAGCCAGAGGGAGUUUGUGCAGCGCUACCAACGGAGGAACCAGGAGGAACAUGCCUUACCAAUGUUUGCCUCUGCUUGCCCUGGUUGGAUCCGUUAUGCUGAGAGGGUGCUCACCAACCUGGUCACCUCUCACAUCUGCACUGCCAAGUCCCCACAGCAGAUCAUGGGCUCCCUAGUGAAGGGCUACUUUGCCAGGCAGCAGAAUUUGUCUCCUGAUAAAAUUUUCCAUGUAGUCGUGGCACCUUGUUAUGACAAAAAGCUGGAAGCCUUGAGGGAAGAUUUCUACACUGCCUUGUAUAAUUCAGCAGAAGUUGAUUGUGUCCUGACAUCAGGUGAAAUUGUCCAGAUAAUGGAACAGAAAAAUGUGUCAAUGAAAGAUGUGACUGAAGUAGCUGUAGAUAGUUUGUUUGAUGGCUUAAAGGAGGGGGAUGUAGUAAGGCAUGAUGGCAAGAGAUCUGAUGGUUACCUCGAGCACAUUUUUAAACAUGCUGCAAAGGAGCUUUUUGGUGUGGAUGUCAAGGAGAUCACCUACAAAGCACUAAAGAACAAGGACUUUCAAGAAGUGACCCUUGAAAAGGAUGGGGAGACAGUGCUGCGUUUUGCAGCAGCUUAUGGCUUCAGGAAUAUCCAAAACAUGGUCCUGAAGUUGAAAAAAGGAAAGUUUCUCUACCAUUUUGUAGAAGUCCUUGCCUGCCCAGGAGGGUGCCUCAAUGGGAAGGGCCAGGCCCAGAGUGAGGAUGGCAAAGCAGACAGAGCCCUGCUGGCCCAGAUGGAGGAGGUGUACACUGCCAUCCCUGUCCGGCUGCCAGAGGCCAACCUGCACGUGCAGAGGAUGUACCAGGACUGGCUGGAGGGCGUGGACUCCAAGAAGGCCCAGGACACUCUGCACACCUCCUACAGUGCAGUGAACCAGAGCACCAGCAGCCUGGACAUCAAAUGGUAACGACUGCAGAGCUGGGCUGGGGCUGCAGGGCACCCAUGGAACCUCUGGCUCAGUCAGCUCUGCCCAGC